AUGCCUAGUGAGAGACGCAACACACUCAGAAAGAGCAAGGGAAUCCAUGACUUAACUCUUCAUGAAUGUGGUGUACUUGUGGAUGCCCUCAAAGAUAAUGUGCUGAGCCUUCAAUACUUCACCACCAAUGAUGCCUGCCGAAGACUCUUGGCCUCCUGCGACCCCAUCAUCUAUGGCAAAGCUCCUGGACCUGAUCCAUACUGCACACAUAUAUGUCACCAGUUUGUCGAUUCUUAUAUUGAUUGGAAUAGACAUUGUCAUCUCAUGCUAUACAAUACUUCUCCUGCACCUUCUCGUACUCAUCCUGGCCCUUCCCAUCAUUAUAUCACACUGCAUGAGACUUCUCCUAUGCCUUAUCAUCUCAUCCCUUCUCAUCAUCACAAACUCCACAUGUUUGUAGAGGUUCCUCUUCCUCCACCCUCCUGGAGGUUUUUUGCUGCACAGCAAUCCGCCACAGCAGACAAUAUGAUGCAGCAACCUCCCUCACCUGUUUCUGCUAGUAGAGCUGACACCAGGGAGCUCAUUCUGGCCAUAGUCUGCCUUACUCAAAACUCAACAAUGACAGAUGGCACUGUCAAUAAAUUUGACAAACUUGUUGGGUUGCAGGAGAAUUAA